UUCCAAAUCUCUCCAGAGUAGCGCUGGAGUAGCUGAGAACCUGGGCGUUAUUGACGGAGUGAAGUGCGCUAUGAUUAGAUUUUUUUCUCAAAUAUUCUAGGUAUUGUAGCGCCACCUAUUUAUGGUUUUUUGUCGGACACUUUUUGGUAUAUGGAGAUUCUGUUCCUUGCCUCUACCUUCCAUAAAACAGAUUUUGACUAGAGACAAAUUCGUAAUAAAGACUGUUAAUUUAUCUAUACUGAUCUCUCAACGUUAAAUUGCCUACACGAGCCCAGGAAGACAUUCAAGGAUUGUACGCCGCUUGAAAAUGACGCCGACUGCUGUGUGGAUUUUAAUUUGCUUAAGUGCGCAGGUCAUCGGUCAGCCAAAGCUGGUGAUAGACCAUGACGGUGGGGUCGACGACGCCAUCGCGAUCUUUGAAGCGUUGCUCUAUGAACAAUAUUUCAAUGGUCCGCAGCUGCUGGCUAUAACGACCACCCACGGCAACGUGCCCGAAGACCAGGCGUUCGUCAACACUCAAAGAAUCCUGAACGUCGCUAAGAGACAAGAUGUGCCAAUCUACAGGGGUAGCAACAACUCCCUCAUAAUCGACGUACCAUCGGACAGUUUUUUCGGCACCGACGGCCUUGGAGACAUGCAACCCAGACGUAUACGGCCCAUACCAGCAAGACCGGGGCAUGCGGCACUAGCACUCAUCGAAUUGACUAAGAAAUACCCUGGUGAAGUGAAGGUGGUAGCUGUGGGGUCUUUCACUAACAUCGCUCUGGCCAUUCGGUUGGAUCCCACAUUCCUCAGCAGCGUUAACACACUGUAUCUGGCUGAUGGGCGCGAAGCAUCAACUCCAAAAUAUAAUGUAGAACAAGACGUGGAAGCUUACUACGCGGUGGCGCAGGCGGCGACACCCGAUAAAGUCACCAUCGUCUAUUACAGGGGCCAUAUUGAUAUCACCACGGAAGGACCCAUUGGCAUGAUCGACCCAUCGCUGCUGCUGCGGCCGGAGAAGGUGUACGACGACAAGCCCAUCGACGCCUUCCGCGACUACUCCGUGGACGAUACCGAUCCCAUCAAGGAGCGCGUGCGCAGGACUUACUACGAGAUGCACACCAACAUGACUGUCGACUUUGUCAAGGCAAAGAUGGACAAAUGGCUGAAGUUCAACCACUUCAAGUCCACGGUGAAGGACGCACUGAUCAAGCUAAACGAGCUGGUGGACGAGUCAGACCCUGACUCCGAUCUGCCGAACAUCGUGCACGCUUUCCAGACGGCUGAACGCAUCCGCCAGGAGCAUCCGGACAAGGAUUGGAUGCACCUGAUCGGACUUAUCCACGAUCUUGGCAAGGUAAUGGCGUUCUUCGGUGAGCCGCAGUGGUGCGUGGUGGGCGACACCUUCCCCGUCGGCUGCAAGUGGGGCAAGAGCAUCGUCUACGGAGACGACAGCUUCAAGGACAACCCCGACACUUACAACCCUAAAUACAACACCGAGAGCGGCAUGUACAAGCCGAAGUGCGGGCUGGAGAACCUGACGAUGUCGUGGGGUCACGACGAGUACCUGUACCGCAUGCUGGUGCACAACAAGUGCAAGUUCCCCAAGGAGGGGCUCUACAUGAUCAGAUACCACUCGUUCUACCCGUGGCACGCGGGCGGCGACUACAAGCACCUGCUUGUCGACGGCGACAAGGAGAUCGAGAAAGCUGUCCUCGAGUUCAACAAAUACGAUCUGUACACAAAGAGCGCCUCAGUCCCAGACAUCGACGCGCUGUGGCCUUACUACGAGACGCUCAUCGAGAAAUACAUGCCCGGCGUUCUCGACUGGUAGACAAUAUGGAAACCUCUCCUGCCAUCAAACGACAAGCGAUAUUCACCUUUAGUGUAAGGCCUGAGUGGACGCUCGAGUUGGGCGUGCAGCAGGGCGGGACGUGCGUCGCUUGUGAGCCCGACGCCACGCUGUACGCCCCGCCGAACGCUCCGCUUCGAGCGAUCACACAGGCCUUAGUAUAAGAUGUACCAUUGUCCGAUUAGAAUUGACAAAAAUGUUUAAUGCUUGAUAUUUUUGCACUUUAACUUUUUUUUUUUACGUAAUACGAGAGUUAAGAGGCGGGCAAAAUAGCAGUCAAUUUUACUACCGCGUACCACGUUCCACGUGUUGCCUCUCUAUCGCACUUGUAAAUUCGUACGCAAGUGUGACAGGGAGGUAACAACUCAAACGUGGUCCGCGGCAGGCCCUCUGUUUAUGUUACGAAGAGGAUGGGAUUCGUUUUAAAAUUUCCGAGGGCAAUUAUAAUGAUCCGAAACUACUCUGUUUUUCUUAAUCUAUCUAUCGUCUAUCCUUCUCCUUUUCAUGCCUUCAGAAGAGUACCAGUGACGUAUUUUAAUGUAUAUAAUUGUAAAUAGACAUAAGAGGAUAAAUUGGCCAAUUUAUCUGAUCUGAAAUAAAUAUAAGUAACAACAGAA